AUGCAAAUCUUAUUCCGUACCCUUCUUGCAGUUAUCGAUAGAGGUGAUUGUAAAACUAACGGAAAGAGUGGUGGCUCUCCAGGUCGGAAAAAAGUUUAUGAGCACGCCUUUACAAGUACAGCUUAUCCAGCGAAUGCCCGUUUAUUUAUACAUAAUGAGCUAACAUAUACCUUAACACCACCAAAAUAUAUAUUUUUCUUUUGUGUGCAACCCUCAGCAAUAGGUGGUGAAACCGCUAUAGCUGAUUCAAGAGAAAUUUAUUCAAAAAUUGAUCCAACUAUCACUAAACAGUUGGAGGAUCGUAAUGUUAAAUAUUCCCGAAUGUUUAUUGAUGAAAAACGUCUCGCGGAAAUUGAUCCACAAAACCAUCAACUGGCAAAAACAUGGCAACUGGCAUUUAAUGUUCAAAACAGUAAGGAAGCUGAGCACUUAGCGCGACAAGUAGGAUAUGAAGAUAUCCGAUGGUAUCCAAAUGGUGAUAUGUACAUUAGAACGAAAUCUUUACCAGCUACAAGACCAAAUGAAAAGAUUUGGUUUAAUCAAGUGCAAGGAUGGGAUCCACGGAUUGCUGUUGACGUGAAAGCAAUCAAUGAAAAUUUACACUUAACUAUUCAUCAUCCGUACGAAGAAUUAUUUCAGUAUUAUCCACAAGGUUGUUAUUAUGGAAAUACAGAUGAAAUUAUUUCGUAUGAUGAAUUGAAACAUAUCAAUGAUAUAACAUGGUCAUGUGCACAUAAUUUAGAUUGGAAACAAGGUGACUUAUUGUGGAUUGAUAAUUUUCAAACAGCACAUGGAAAACGACCACAUGUUGAUAAUGAUCAGCAACAAAGACAGAUAUUAGCAUCAUUAGCUGAUCCAUAA